AUGAGCGACGCUUCUUUUUCUUUCGGCACGCCGAAAUGGAAUACCAUUGUGCGCAUUCGUCCUGCUGAUGAUCUAGAAAGGAUGGGUGGUCCUGGGAGUGAAAUGCGGCAUCCUCUAAUUACGUGGAGAUCCUGUGUCAAAUCGCAAGACGGAACAAUGGCGCAAGAAACAAUGCAAAUGAAAGCAACCUCCAUUUCCUUUGAUCGAUUUGGCGACUCAGUCAAAUUCCGGAUGCAUGUGACAGGGUAUGAGCAGACUGCUAAGGAUGACGUUCAUGAGUGCAAGCCAAAGGAUUUUGCAACGUCGAAGCUCCUUACGACACAGGAGUUACGGUUGACAACCCGCAUGAAAUGGCAGACUGAAAGCUUCAAAUGGAAGAGCGAAACCUCUGGGCUAGCCACUCGGACGGUUGUGAUCAAGUUCAUGUUUGAGGAGGACGCCAUGAAACAUUCGGAUAUCCUUCGAAUGGAAGUCUUUGCCCCCAAGACAGCAGAUAUCGAUAAAGGAAAGAUCCUCAAAACGGCCGUGGAGUGGGCGAAGCUUGUUGUUGAUGCCAACAUGAAAUACCAAGAGCUGAUUGGCGAGAUGUAA